AGCGAACCAACUGCAGAAACACCAAUGGAGCAAAAAGACAUGAGAAGGGUCCCCAAGCCUCUCAUGGAGAAAAGGAGGAGAGAUCGCAUUAAUCAAAGCCUAGAAACCUUGAGAAUGCUUUUACUUGAGAACACAAACAAUGAGAAACUCAAAAACCCUAAAGUGGAAAAGGCUGAAAUCCUGGAAAGUGUUGUGCAUUUUCUGAGAGCUGAACAAGCAUCAGAAACUGACCCUUUUCAAAUCACCAGGGUAAAAAGGGCACGCACAGAGGAGAGUGAUGAGGAUGUGGAAUCACCAUGCAAACGUCAGAGCUACCAUGAUGGAAUGAGGACAUGUCUCCUACGAGUAAGCAAUUUUAUUACUGGCAAGAGCCACGAGUUUGGCCAGGAACUGGAGAAAGCAUGUGAAAACAUACACAAAUCGCACUCAAGGCAAGUUCAGCUGCUGUCCACACCAUCUCGCAUAGAAACUCAGGUGCAUCUCUAUGAGGAUCCAUCACAGCAGCAUCUCGCUCAUGUCCAGCUGAGCAAUUCCUGCACACCAUCUGGCUGUUCAAAGCUUGCACAAAGAACUGUUCCCGCCAUGACUUCAAGUCCUAAGCAACCUGUAAUGCUCUGUGACCCCGUCUGGAGGCCCUGGUAGAAGAUCAUGGCCUAAGUCCCUGUGUGGCUCUCCAAAGACUGAAAAGACCAGCUAGGUCUACUACGUGUGGGAAAACACUGCUGGGGCAACAUACAGGGAAAUUUGUAAAUGUUCAGCAUGUGUAAAUAUGUGGAUUUUGUACAGUAGAUGCCAAAGAUUUAUUUUGUUAUAAAGAGGCAUUGGCAAAUAUCCUGUAUAGUGCUUUGGCUUGUCUUAUUUAGCCAAAAGACAAGUGUUUUAGAUGUAUAUAUUGCUUAUAGGUAGAACUAGCUGGUGCCUCUACAUGCGUUUGCAUAUUUUAUACCUAUUUUUUUUUUAAACUUAUGAAAUCCAUUUUUGAUGGAGAGAUCAUGUACUUAAAGAGGUUUUGUUCUUUUUUGAGCUUGAGUGCCAAGAACUUAGAGCACGUGUUCAAUCGUUAUUUUUCUCUCUUUUAUGGUAAUCAACAUGUAUUUGUGUUCUUCUGGGAAACAUUGAAAAUGUUCAUUACUUUCUGAAGGUCAGAGAUUCUGUCUAUUGUUGAAACACAACAACAAGCAUU